GUGUGUAUAAAAAACCAGAAAGAAUGUAGUUGUCAUUUGGCCAAGAAAAACAGUACAAAGUCUCAUUCUUUCAAGCAUUGGAUAUAUAUUUACAUGUAACAUACACAUAGAAGGAUGACAGAGAGACUGAAAACAAUAUUUGGGCAUUUGGACUCUACGUCUUCGAUAUCUCAUACACCCACAACAUCCAGAUAUUCGGUGUCUGACGUGAGACCCACUUUCCGCUACACCUUGGACAAUGCAAUCCUGUCAGAUGAACAAAGACAGUUCUACGAGGACAAUGGAUACAUAGUAAUCAAGAAUUUGGUGUCGAAAGAGAAACUUGAUCUGUACAGGGAGGAAUUUGAGAAAAUAUGCCGAAAAGAAAUUGUCGUUCCAAUGUUGACCAUUAUGAGAGAUGUGGCCAUAGCCCGGUCAGAGUUUGUUCCUGGACAAAAAGCUAUCACCAAAAUCCAGAACUUUGAAAAUGAUGAUGUCUUAUUUAGCUAUUGUGCCCUACCAGAGAUUGUUCAUUAUGUCCAGGCAUUCACAGGAAAGAAGGUCAUGUCCAUGCACACCAUGCUGAUCAACAAACCCCCAGAUCCAGGCCAGAAGAGUUCUAGACACCCACUGCACCAAGAUCUAUAUUUCUUUCCCUUUAGGCCUGCAGACAGGGUUGUCUGCUCUUGGACAGCCAUGGAGAAAGUGAACCGGGAAAAUGGGUGUCUGGUUGUAUUACCAGGUUCUCACAAAGGGGAGCUACUCCAGCAUGAUUACCCUGAAUGGGAGGGAGGUGUCAACAAACUGUAUCAUGGUGUGAGAGAUUUUGAUCCCAAUGCUCCAAGACUCCAUCUCUGUAUGGAAGCCGGAGACACUGUCUUCUUCCACCCUCUGUUGAUCCAUGGAUCAGGGAUGAACAAGACAAAAGGUUUUAGAAAGUCCAUUUCAUGCCACUAUGCCUCUGCAGAUGUUGAUUUCAUUGAUGUCAAGGGCUCCAUACAAGACAAGGUAGAGAAAGAGCUCAUUGAAACGUUUGCUAAAGUUCUGGAAUCUGGAGGGGUUGACCCCAACCAAGUGACCUUGAAGGAUGUAUGGAUGUUCAAGAGUCGGGAAGUAUCUUUACCAGGAGAUGAAAGUCCAGGAGUUAAAAACUGAUACCAGGGACUUCAUUUACAAAGCAUCUGUGAUUUUCAAAUACAUGUAUUGCAGAGCUGUGAUUUCCAAAGACAUAUAAUGCAGAGCUCAUAAAAAAUCUUUCAAACUGGAAUUAUAGAUAUACUUUGAUUUGAUAUUGAAAUGAAAAGGAUAGGAUAUAUACCUGAUAAUAUGAUACUUACUAGAGAUUAUGAAAUUUCUGGUCAUUUAAUAUAUUGUUGAUAUAUUAUUUUACGUGAUUGUUCUUAAUAGUGGAAGCAUUUACAGUGUGUAUUUAACCUACUGAAUUGUGUAUUAAUUUCUAAUUUUAGACAUUUAAUACGGGUACAGAUUUUUUUGAGAUGGGUCUGACAUGAAAUUUGUUAAAACUUAAAUAAGUAAACCCAAAGAAGUAAAAUGUAAAAUUAUCAUAAAUAAAUUAUUUAAAACUAAAUGUAAAAAUGUCUGAGAAGAAGAAAUUUUGAUGAUUUUAUGCAGAGACAGUUUGGAAUGAGUGAAACAAUCAUUAAGGUUAUAUAUAUUGUUUUAUUAAAUGUAUAAUUUUUGUUUUUGCACAUGUUUUAUAAAGUAUUUAACUUUAUUUCUUUCAUGAAUCGGGAAUACAUGUAUAGAUUUUUAAGUUUAAAAUCUCAAAACAUGUACAAUGUAUUUGCAAACAUUUCCAGGAAUACCAGUUUUAAGUGUUUAUUUACUAAUAUAUUGUACAAUGUGGAAAUUAAUUGAAACUUGCAUAAAUAAUUCAUGAAUUGUUCUUUUUGUGGUUAUAAUUGUGAGAAAAUUUUUUAAUAGAUUUAAAAGAAAGAGAUAAAACAAUC